AUGUCUGAUGAUGCCUGCAUUUCCGCGCCUGGCUACCAGCAGGCUCCCCUGUCGCGUCCCCACCAGACUGGCCUCCCGCCACCCAUCUCCCAGCUUCGCCUGGUGUCGGUCUUUCAGACCCUGGACAAUCCGAGCCUGCACUUCCAUGCCGGCCUGACAGGGACGCCCGGGCUUCGGCGGCCGAGCUGCGACUCGCUGGCCGACCAGACCCCGGCCAUCUCCCUCGAGAUGGUGUCCCUGUCGACGACCGAUUCCCCGCGUCUGGCUCCGGUUAGCAGCUCCAACCGGGCCCUGCUGGCCGUCACCCAGUCCCCGCGGUCGGCCUUGCUUUCGGUGGUCAUGGACCCGGUGACCAGGCGGCCGCGAUCGCACUCCACCGGAAAUGGCGGGCGGGCCGGGGCACCGCCCCCGCCAUCCGCCCCGGCCGGGCCCCGGCGCUCCCAAUCGGAGGGCUCCCUCCCCCUCCCGGGCGCCGGGUCAACCACCGCCACCGCCACCACCACCACCACCACCACCGGAAGCCGCAUCCACCUGGUUCCAUCGGAGUCCCUGCGGACACUGCUUCACCAGUCAGUCAACCCCGCCGACUCGCAGCUGACCAUCUGCCCUCCAGGAGCCCGGGACUUCGGGAGCAGCCUUUCUCUGGGGCCAUCCGACGGGGACGAUCUCCGACACGCGUCCCGGGCCGACGCAAUCCCCGCGAUGGAUGCGGGCCCGGGAUCACUGGCCACCCCGGCCGGGGCCCCGCUCGCUGGCAUCCGGUUGCACCGGCCGCUUCCCCAGGGGUCAGCCGAGACAUUGGUGGGCUCUUCGGACAACGGCCUCCGGUAUUACGCCCAGUACCUGGGGCAUCCCCACCUGCAUGAGUCCCAGCAGCACUUCGGCCAGCCCAACCCCGAGGAUGACACCGCCAUUGCCGCCAUCCAGCUGACCCCCGUGUCCACGGAGCAGCUGCAUCACCUGCUGGCCAACCGCCCGACCGAGGGGGACCAGCGCCUGUUCAUUUCGCCGGCCGACCGUCGGCGAGGCUCGCUCUUUUUCUGCCGGCAGCAGGUGGACUUCGACCAUUCAUCCGGGCUACAGCCAUCCCUCCUGAGCCUGUAUUACCGCCAGGCGGCCCGGGCGGAAACCCUGGUGGCCGGGUUCGACCCUCGCGGCUCGCCGCUCGGGGGAGUGUCUACCCCGGCAUAUGGCGGGCCCCGGUGUGUGGUCACUCCUCCGGCCCUGCGCGAUGAGCCCGAGGUCGACGUCCGGGUGACGCGCUUCGCCGGGGCACCCUCGGAAGAUGACCCGAUGGUCGACAUGGCGGCCACCAUCAUCCCCGGCGGCAUGUGGCCGGCUCAGGCUCCCCCCCCCUCCGGGGGGGAUGGCUCCUCAAAGGACCACGGCCCCGCGCAGCCGGAGGGCCUGGUGCUGCCGGUGCCCCCGACGCUGGUGCCUACCGCCAUCCCUCCGCGACUUUUGCCGGUAGCUCCCUCGCGAGCCGGCAGCACCAUGGGGCACUCGUCUUCCGGCGAGGCGCUGGAGGACUCCUUCGGCUUUCUGUCAGCUUCGGAUGAUGGGCUAACCUUGACGUCCGAUUCGUCGCUCCUCUUUACGGAUCUCCUGCCUUUGGAGGGGUCCGGCGCCGAUGUGGAUCCGGUCCCGGCGGUUCGCCAGUUCCAGCGCACCCUGCAUUUGGCCCGGAGUGGCCUCCUCCAGGGGAGUCCCGGGAGCUUGAACAUCGACUCGGAUGGCAGCCUGACGCCGACGUCACCGGCGUCGCCCAUGUUGCCGCAGGUGCCGCACGGUGGCGCCAUGCUGACCACCAGCGCCUCGGAGCUUCGUGCUCCGGGCAUGCGGCCGGAGCCGGUGACCGCCGUGUCGGCCGUGUCGGGCGCCUCGGCCGCCGCGUCGAUGCCCGGCCCCUUUCUGCUGACCUCGCGAUUGGGGGAGCUGGUGAAUGAGACCCCGGCUGACAGCCCGAUUGAGGAUGUCUCGCGCCAGCGGCCGGCUGAUCGGCGCCCCCGGGCGGGGCCCCUCUCGCCGCUGCAAAGCACCCAGCCGGCUGCCAAGGAUGCUGUCCCGUCCCCGAGCUUGCUGGUGCUGACACAGCCCACGCGCUGUGCGUCUCUGCAGGAUGAAGAACUCUUUGGGGUCGAGCCGGCUCCCCUGACCGGGUACGAUCCCCUGCGCACGGUGUUCGCCUUGCCGGACCCGGGGGAUUUGCUGGCAACCGCCACUCCGGUGGCCAUGUCGCCGAUGUCGCCGACGGCCGUGCACUCCGAUGCUCGGAGUACAUACUCCACCGCCACCACCGCCACCGAGCACAGCGGUGCCGGCGGCAGCCACUAUUCGCUGCUCAUCGGUGAGACCGGGCCCGAUGAGAUGGCCCUCCCCUCGAGCUCAACCUCACACGACUUGAUCCUGGCGCCGCCUGCCGGCCUCCGGUCACCGGGCAUCGGGACCAAGCCGGCCACCCGGCCGCCGACCACCCGGCCUCCCGGCGAGGACCAUGGUGCUGCUCUCCACCGGGGUGGCGCUGAAGCGGGCGGCGGCGGCGGCGGCCCCUCUCUUCUCCGGUCGAAGUCUCUCGGCCAAGCGGCUGGCGGCGGGGGGGCCGGCAUGCCGGGCGACCGCUCGGCCGCCACCGCCGCCCCUGCCACCGCCACCAGCAGCAAGGCCUGGAGCGCGGGUGUCCAGCCGAGCCCCAAAAGCCGGCGCUCCUCCACUUGGUCCGUGCAGGACCUUUCAGACCAGGCGUGCCAGUGCCCGACGCCGAUCCCCCUGCAGACCGAUCUGCUGUUCAACUAUCAUCAGCAGCACAACACCGCCAGCGCGGGUGGUGGGGGCCCGGCCGCCGCCAGCCCAGCCCCCGGCCCGCCGCCGGCCACCCGCCCGGAUGAUUUGCCCCCUGCGACUGGUCGGCUGCUGGGGGCCAGCGCCAGCACCGGCUCGCUGACCCUCCGUCGGCGAUCGGCCGACCCGUCGGCCGGGCCUGCCGCCAUGGCCGGCCUCCCGGCUGCCAGAGCAGCCGGCGGCCAGUGCUGCAUCUGUCUCGGGACCAUUCUCCCGACUCCGCGAACUGAUGGGCAUCCCCUGGCGCACCUUUCGGAGGGUGCUUCCGUUGGUAGCAAGUACACCCUUCGCCGGCGUCGGCGUGAAAGCCUCCUUUCCGGGGCGGCGGGGACCCACGCUUCCGGGGGGCUGUCGCUCGACGGGUCGGACUUGGACUUGACCGGUGUCGGCGAUCCAACCGGGCGGCGCUACAGCAGCCGCCGGGGCUCGCUGACGGGGCUGUCCCCUGAUCCGGACCUAGACACCGGAUCAUCCGACGACUCGGGCGAUCUGUCUUCUGGCGACAAGCCGAAAAUGUUGCGCCGCCUGGCCAAGCGCAUGUCCGUCCUGCUGAAGAUGUAG